CGGCUGUUGCCAGGUCUAUGGCGUCACGGGUGACGUCACCUGCGCAUCGCACCUAUCGCCCUGAGCCUGACAGUGUUCUGCUCGUUUUAUGACAUAAUAAGGCGCUAUUAAAGCAUGUCUACUCCAGCGAGACGGCGGCUGAUGAGAGACUUUAAGAGACUUCAAGAAGAUCCUCCAACCGGUGUGAGUGGCGCUCCUUCAGAAAACAACAUCAUGCUGUGGAACGCUGUGAUCUUUGGGCCUGUAGGAACUCCCUUUGAAGAUGGAACAUUUAAACUUGUUAUUGAAUUUUCAGAAGAAUAUCCCAACAAGCCUCCUACGGUUCGCUUCAUCUCCAAAAUGUUUCACCCAAAUGUGUAUGCAGAUGGCAGUAUAUGUUUAGACAUUCUUCAGAACCGCUGGAGUCCCACGUAUGACGUUUCCUCCAUUCUGACAUCCAUCCAGUCUCUAUUGGACGAGCCCAACCCAAACAGCCCAGCCAACAGUCAAGCCGCUCAGCUCUAUCAGGAGAACAAACGUGAAUAUGAGAAGAGAGUGUCGGCCAUCGUGGAGCAGAGCUGGGUCGACUCUUAACGCUCUCACUGAACUCCACAGGAACAUUUGACAAAAAUCAACAUGUGUGUGCUUAUUUAUUUUUUUUAACUGCAUGGUAAGUUAUUGCUAACACAAUUUGAAAUGUACUGUUGUCGAUUGAUGCGGUUGACGAUUGCAGUCCCUGAAUAUAUCCAUCUUUGAGUUUUUUUAGUAAACCAUCAGUAAUAUAUUUGAAAAUCAAUCUCUUAAAAGAUUACAUGCCCGUUUUGCCUUUAAACACACCUGAAGAUCGACUGUGGGAAUCAUCUUUUUGUAUCUGUAUUUGAUAACAUCUUUAUGCUCACGUUUGUGCUUCAAAUAAAAAACCGAGGGCAUGUCCAGAUGAGCGGUGUCCUACAUGCAGUGAUACCUGGAUGACAGUGUUAUGAGGAUGUUAGAUUUUGUGAAUUUAUCAUGAGAACAUUUAUACUUCUAAUAUGCUGUAUAAAAAAAAAUAAAACUUUUUCAGACUUGGA